AUGGCUCCUACGACCGAAACAGACGAUGUUCUAGACUUCAUCAAUUCGUUGCCUGACUCCAAGUCCGGAACCCCCAAGCCCAAGAAGACCACAGAGUCCAAACAAGCUGAUGGAAAGGAUGAGGAUUUCCUAGAGUUCCUCGACGAGAUUGCUCAGCACGAGAAGAAGACGACUGUUACGAAAGCAAAGUUUGAACCAAAGAAAAAGACAGAGAAAGAUGACUCUGAAAAAACCGACAAGAUUGAGAAAUCCGAGAAGCCUGAAAAGACAGAAAAAUCGGAAAUUGACGGCAAAAAAGACGAAAGUAAAGACAGCAAUGAUUCCAAAAACAAUGAAAAUGGUGUUCUCAAUGCAAGCGAGGAGUUGGACAUUGAUCCUUUGGCUUCUAUUACGAACUGGUGGUCUACUGAAGGAAGUUCUAAGGUGAGUUCGUUAUGGGGAACGAUUGCAUCCAACGCACAAUCGCUCGGAGAAACCACUUAUCAGAUCGCAAGUACCACAACCAAUCAAUUGAAUCAACAGAGACAGAAACUUCAGCAAGAAAACACAAACGUAGCAGUGGAUCUUGCUGGACGUCUUAAUUCUGUCUUUCUCAAUAUGAGCCAGCAGAUCAAACAAGGCUUGAUUGACGACGAUGACGAAUUGCUUAACAUAUUGGUAGUCUAUGACUUGUACAAUUUACAGUAUGUAACACAACUCAUUGCCCAUAACUUCAAUGCUGUGAUGGGUCAAGUAGAAGGAGGAAUCCGUGUGACUGUCAACGAUAUCAACCAUAAGAGCGAAAACGACGACAUAAAGUUGAACAUGUUCUACGGCAAAGUUAUUGACGGCGAGAAGUUGUGUUUUGCCAACUUGGAAAGCUCUAUCAAGAGCUACCUGAAGAUCAUGAAAGAGAGUGAAUCACACCAUGAGAAACAGGAAGAUGAAGUUAAAGACCAGACUGCUGAUGAGCAAACAGAAGCCGUCAAGCAGAUUAACAAGUCCAACAUCUUCAUCUCGAUCCAGCCAAUCACGACUAGCAUAGAAUCUAACGAUAAAACAGCCGUGGAAGACGAAAAUGAGGAUCGUGCUGUUCUCAUCGAGUCCAACAAUGCCAAUUCCUUCUCGUUCACCAUCAUCUUGAAGGAUAUCACCAACAACAUCACUAUCAUCACCAAAACACAACCAUUUCCUUUAAGAUGGGCCAAAUGGCUUGACGGUGAAGGUGUGGAUGAAGUCAGCGAAGGUGAAGUUGAUCCACGUGAAUGGGUCAGAGGCUGGAUCAAGCAGGGCUUGGACUUGAGUUUAGGUGUUAUUGCUCAGGAAUACGUUAUCAAGAGAAUGGGAGUAUAG